AAUAGAGUAUAUUUAAGAGAACUAUAGUGUUCUUACUUCAGUUUGUACCAUAAUUAUUCAUAAGAGAGAUAAACGUGGUGUGUACAGUUUACGUUUUAUAGCAUUGUAUGUUAUUGAGCCCAGGCCAUGUAUCUAUCGUGCAUCACCGACUGGUGGAUAACGCCGUGUUUAAUCGUCGUAGUGACGAUCGUCUAUUAUUUUUCUACUUCGACGUUUAAGAAAUGGGAAAAACUAAAUGUUCCUUACAGUAAGCCGUUUCCGUUAUUCGGUAACGUUUUUAACCUGGCUUUAUGUAAAUAUCAUCCAUUAGUUUUUUAUAAAAAUAUCUACAACGAGUUCUCUGGUCAUAAAUACGGAGGACUUUAUCAGAUGAGAACACCGUAUUUAAUGGUCCGUGAUCCAGAACUAAUCAACAACGUGUUAAUAAAAGACUUUUCGUCUUUCACUGAACGUGGUCUCUACAAGAAUUUGGAUGCAAAUCCUUUGUCGAAUAACAUGUUUUACAUGAAAAAUCCUCAAUGGAAAAUAAUAAGAAGCAAAUUGACACCUGGUUUCACAUCGGGAAAACUUAAAAUAAUGUAUGAUCUGAUCAGAGAAUGUGGUGAUGAAUUAAUGAAAAAUAUUAAUGAUGAUUUGAUUAAAAAUAAUAAUGAAGUAGAUGUAGCGGAUAUUAUAGAAAAAUAUUCGACUAACGUAAUCGGCAUUUGUGCUUUUGGACUCAAGUUGGACACCAUAAACGAUGAUAAAUGCGAAUUUCGUAAAUACAGCAAAGAAAUAUUCAAACCUUCAUUAAAACAGGUUCUUGGACAAGUAUGUUUAAUGAUCAACCCAGUAUUAGUAAAAGCUUUAAAAUUAAAGGAUUUUCCAAAGGAGGUAACUGACUUUUUUUAUAACGUCUUUAAAGAAACUGUAUUGUAUAGAGAAGAAAAUAAAAUAAUCGGAAAAGAUUGGGUUUAUUUUUUUAUACAAGCUAGAAACGAUCUAGUUUUGAAUACAAAUUUGCCUGAACAUGAAAAACUUACUGAAGAACAAAUUAUAGCGAAUGCUUUUGGUAUAUUUAACGCUGGAUUUCAAACAGUUUCAUCUACUAUAAGUCAUUGUAUAUAUGAAUUAGCAUUAAAUAAAUCUAUUCAAGACAAAUUACGCCAAGAGAUUCACUUAAAAUUGUCCAAUAAUAACGGACAAAUCAACUACGAGCUUUUGAUGGAUCUUAAUUACUUGGAUAUGGUCAUAGCUGAAACAUUACGUAUGUAUCCUCCAAUAAUCGCUUUGUUCAGAAAAGCUAUACAGUCAUAUCGAGUGCCCAACGAUUCAUUAAUCAUUGAAAAUGGACAAAAAAUUAUAAUUCCUGUACAUGCAUUGCAUUUUGACAGUAAGUAUUAUCCGGAUCCCAAUAAGUUUAUUCCUGAAAGAUUUUCCACAGAAGAAAAAGCUAAACGGCCAAGCGGUGUUUACCUACCAUUUGGUGAUGGGCCUCGUAUGUGUAUAGGAAAACGUUUCGCAGAGUUGGAAAUGAAAUUAGCAAUUGUUGAAAUAUUAACUAAAUUUGAAGUAUUACCAAGUGAAAAAACCGUAAUUCCUGUAAACUAUUUUAAUAAUGUUUUUACAUUAGUACCAAAAAAUGGCAUUUGGCUAAAAUUUAAAAAAAUUAAUUAACCAAGUAUAAUAUAAUAUUAUGUUCAAUAAACACAAACCUAAUCUUUUAAUUUAAUUUUAAACUAAUGAAAGUUGUAUUGAUUUUAUUUUACUUUUAUUUAUAGUUAUUUUUAACAUUACAUUUUAAUAAUCACAUUAACAAUGAACUACAAAAUAACCAAAAGAAAUAUUCAAAAUAUUUUUAGAUUUUUUACAAAGCAAGGAUUAAUUAAUUUAAUAAUGGUAUUUUUUUAUUUUGUUUGUCAUUAUCUCUGAGAGUAUUAAAAAUUCUAGAUUUUCAAUAUUUUUGAUGGAAAAUAGAUAAUUAUUUUUGUUCUUACGUUAUGAUUACGUGUUGUAUAAACCUAUAUUGUUUUUUGGUUUUUUGGUUUUUUAUUUUUUUAUUAUUAUAUUCAUUAAUUUUUCUUAGAAUUAUUAUUUAUUUUUUUUUAUUAUUUUGUAUAUUAAAAAUGGUUUAUUAUUUAUUUGUUAUAAUAAUAUAACGUACUAGGUAUAUUAUGUUUA